GCUAGUACCGCCACAUCUAGCACACGCGCGUGCUCAUUCAUUGUUGCGUGUAACUUGUUGGUAGACAUCUCCGUACCUACAACCGGUGUUUCAAAAUCAGCUUCAAAGCUGUGCGAUGUUUUCCCGCUCCUUGCAGCACUAUAGCGCGCGCUUCGAAUUGCGCCCCGUUUGUUGUGCCGUCGUCCCUCGAAUCGAUGCACUCGCCACAUGCUGGCUGCUCACCCGCACAUGUCGCUAGCGUAGCGGUCAUCAUCAGACGCUAACAAGCAACGGUCCAAGCGAGAACAGUCGCCCCCAGUGGCCACCAUCAAAAGAAGCAACGAGGGUGGCAUGCUGUGCUGCCGUUGUUAGACCACGAUAGGCGAAGACCGUUCGGUUCGGUAGGACAUUCUGCUUCCGACACAGGUUGCUCGCGAGUGAUUCCCAUUGACUGAAGCUCCCGUAGCUGGGGGUGUUUCGGAGUGAAAAUAAAAGUGAAAUUAAUUGCGGAACUUUGAGCGUAGAACCGGUUUUUCCGAAUCGGGAGGGAUGCAAUAUUCCUCGCAUGUUUUGAGAAGCUAAUUUUCCAGCUCAUUCGCUUCCCAGAAGAUGGGCCAUUAGCAUUUUCGCAAAUCGAAGCACGGAUUCCGGUGGAGUGUUGAAAAGUGAGUUUGAACUGUUUCCUAUCAAGGAUGCUGAGUCGGCGUGUUUUGUGAAAGCAUUUCCAUUCGACGAGUGCAUAACGAUAAACUCGUGCGUGAGGUAGCUGUGAAUUAGGUGCUACUGCCGAUAAGUCGCGUGGAAGACAAUAAACAGUUAGUGCAAGGAAUGUGAGGAAAAGCCAUCAGUAGCUAGCCUUUUUCAACAGUUGGUGCUGCAAAGAAUUCGUCUUACGAGCAUGUACAAUGGGUUGAUGUAGCUGAAAAUCACCAUCGAAAGAUUCUGUGCAAGGAAACGAAAUGUGAACUGUGGGGAGCUCGGUGUUUUAGCCCUUGCACAUUAUCCUGGCAGUUGGAGCACGGUGUGGCGCUGAAACUGAUUCCGUUCUGUUGCAACAUUGCUCGACACAUGAGCGCAGGGUAAUAUGAAUUCCAUGGCAAUAAUCAUGCCAUUACGCGAUCAUCGACAGCAAAAUGACAAAAUCGCCAAGGGAAGAUUAUUCGACGCUGGCGUACGGUCGAGAAUAGACAGUGUUUCGUCGGUGCGUCGUUCCAGUGACGGUGAUAAUCGCUAGAAGGCAACUGUGUACGGAUAUCUUGUGUCCAUGGAAGGCUUCAGGAGGAAGAUGAUUUUGUAUGGUGUGCUUUUGUUCAGUGUUAUGUGGUGCAUUAGUGAGUGCAAUGAUAUCAUUAUUUCGAAUGGAAAUGAGGAAACAUCGCUCCCGGCGAAAAACACCGUGAUGGCCGUUUUCAGCCCGAUGACCAAAUCUCCCGGUCCUUGCCGGUUCCUCUCGGGCACUCGCCGGCAGAACCAUCAAUGUCGCCGUGACACAGGCCUACCGGAUGCAAUCAAGGAAGCGCGGCGGCUUGCCGUCACUCACUGCGAAGAGCAGUUCCGCUACGACCGUUGGAAUUGUUCGAUCGAAACGCGAGGAAAGCGAAACAUAUUUAAGAAGGUAUAUCGCGAAACAGCAUUCGUGCACGCUUUGACUGCGGCAGCCAUCACCUACUCGGUGGCCCGUGCUUGCGCCGAGGGGAAGAUGGCCAAAUGCCAGUGCGCGUCGGAGAAGCGUCCGGAAGCCACACGGCUGGCGUGGAAAUGGGGCGGCUGCAGUGAUAACAUAAAGCACGGCAAACGAGUCACGAGAAAUUUUCUGGAGCUCCAACCAGCUGAUGGUGAUGCGGUGGCAGAGAUGCUGCGACACGAUAGUGAGGUUGGCAUACAAGCCGUUACGACAACGAUGAAUGAUCGCUGCAAAUGUCAUGGAGUUUCCGGUUCGUGUUCACUGAAAACAUGCUGGAGGAAAUUGGGAGAUUUCAACGCCACAGCCGCCAUGCUUAGAACCAAAUACCAUCAUGCCAUUCGGAAAAUUCCGAUUAAUAACAAGACCUCGAGAAGGGCGGUGCCAAAGGAAUUCAGAGAAAGGGACGGAAACUACGACCAGUUGUUCUACUUCGAGACAUCACCCACGUUCUGCUCGGUGACACGCGGAAGAAGAUGUCUCCAUCCGGACAAUUGCGCCACUCUGUGCUGUGGUCGUGGCUACACUACAAAAGUGAUUAAAACCAUUGAAAAAUGUCGCUGCCGAUUUACGAACGGACGGUGCUGCCAGAUAAUUUGCGAUUAUUGUGAGAAGUUUGAAGAUAGAUAUUACUGUAAAUAAACAUUGAAAUCCUGCUCAUGACAAGUACACAAUUCUGAUAUACUUAAUUAUUAUGUAGCUAUUUAUUAAAACUGUAGUGUAGAACUCUAGUUGCAAUAGACCAGCCAUUCCAUAACAAAAGUACCUAAAUGUAUUAAAAUAUUGGAAAUCUUUGUUUUCGUCGAACUAUCAAACCUUGAACUUUUUAACCGUAAUGGCCAAAGUAAAAAUAUACAAUUACAGGAGUUUCAAAAAAGAAAUAAACCAACCAAAUAUAUUACAAAAUUCUGUGGAAUUUUUUGUCAUAGAAUCGCUGGAAAAUUGGAAGAGUAAAAACAUUUGAUGUGCUUUAUUUUAAGCAUGAGCAAUAAAUAUUUCAUGACAUAGUUUUACGUAUUACGUUGCGCUAAACUUCUCUCAAAAAAUUUUCAAUCAAAGUUAGUCUACUCGUUGUUUAACUAUAUAUGCAAUAAAUCCAGUACCUAGACAUAGAAUAGCAUUGAAACGAAGUAGAAGUGAAGUCAUUUGAGUUGUUCUUUGCGUAGGAUUAAGGAAAUACAUACAAGAUAAUGCACCCAAACAUACGAUUGUUGAAUGUAACUCAAACUAAUUGUCCCACUCAUAGGCCAAUAAAUUUUCAUGUCUGUAGAUAGAAGCCAA